AUUCCGCGAGGCGAUAAGUUGAAGAAACAUGGCGUCGUCUAAUUUGUUAAAGAACAAGGGGUCCCUGCAGUUUGAGGACAAGUGGGAUCUGAUGCGGCCCAUCGUUCUCAAGCUGCUCAGACAGGAAGCCGUCACCAAGCAACAGUGGUUCGACCUGUUCUCAGACGUCCAUGCUGUGUGUCUAUGGGAUGAUAAAGGACCAGCUAAAAUCCAUCAAGCUCUUAAAGAGGACAUCCUAGACUUCAUAAAACAAGCACAGGCUCGGGUUCUGAGCCACCAGGAUGACACCGCGCUGCUGAAGGCUUACAUCGUGGAGUGGAGGAAGUUCUUCACCCAGUGCGACAUCUUGCCCAAACCCUUCUGUCAGCUGGAGAUCACGCUCAUGGGAAAACAGGGCAGCAACAAGAAAACCAACAUGGAGGACAGCAUUGUACGGAAGCUCAUGUUGGACACGUGGAACGAGUCAAUCUUCUCCAACAUUAAGAGUCGCCUGCAGGACAGCGCCAUGAAGCUGGUGCACGCUGAGAGGCAGGGGGAGGCCUUCGACUCGCAGCUCGUCAUAGGAGUACGGGAGUCCUAUGUGAACCUGUGUUCCAACCCAGAGGACAAGCUGCAGAUCUACAGGGAUAACUUUGAGAAAGCCUACCUGGACUCCACAGAGAGGUUUUACAGAACACAAGCACCGUCUUACCUGCAACAGAAUGGCGUACAGAACUACAUGAAAUAUGCAGAUACAAAACUAAGAGAAGAGGAGAAGAGAGCACUCAGAUAUCUCGAGACACGUCGCGAAUGUAACUCUGUUCAAGCACUAAUGGAGUGUUGUGUGAAUGCUCUGGUAACAUCGUUCAAAGAGACCAUCCUAGUCGAAAGUCCUGGGAUGAUCAAACGAAACGAAACAGACAGGCUGCACCUGAUGUUCUCUCUGAUGGACAAGGUCCCCUGCGGCAUUGAGCCCAUGCUGAAGGACCUGGAGGACCACAUCUGUAACGCUGGCCUCGCUGACAUGGUGGCUGCUGCAGAGACCAUCACUACUGACUCGGAGAAGUACGUUGAGCAGUUGCUGACUUUGUUUAACCGCUUCAGUAAGCUGGUGAAGGAAGCCUUCCAGGACGACCCUCGCUUCCUCACUGCAAGAGACAAGGCUUACAAGGCCGUGGUAAAUGACGCCACCAUCUUCAAACUGGAACUGCCAACCAAACAGAAGGGUGUUGGUAUGAAGACUCAGCCGGAGUCCAAGUGUCCGGAGCUGCUGGCUAACUACUGUGACAUGCUGCUAAGGAAAACCACGCUCAGCAAGAAACUCACCUCAGAGGAGAUUGAGCUCAAGCUCAAAGAAGUGCUGCUGGUGUUGAAGUACGUUCAGAAUAAAGACGUGUUCAUGCGUUACCACAAAGCACAUCUGACCCGGCGCCUGAUUCUGGACAUUUCAGCAGACAGCGAGAUUGAGGAGAACAUGGUGGAGUGGCUGAGAGAGGUAGGAAUGCCUGCUGACUAUGUGAACAAGUUGGCCAGGAUGUUUCAGGACAUCAAGGUCUCAGAGGACCUCAACCAGGUCUUCAAGGAGAUGCACAAACACAACAAGCUCGCACUACCAGCGGACAGUGUGAACAUUAAGAUCCUGAACGCUGGAGCGUGGUCCCGCAGCAGUGAGAAGGUGUUCGUCUCUCUGCCCACGGAGCUGGAGGACCUGAUCCCUGAGGUGGAGGACUUCUACAAGAGGAACCACAGCGGCAGGAAGCUGCACUGGCACCACCUCAUGUCCAAUGGCAUAAUCACCUUUAAGAACGAGGUGGGGCAGUACGACCUGGAGGUGACCACCUUCCAGCUCGCCGUGCUGUUCGCCUGGAACCAGAGGCCCCGAGAGAGGAUCAGCUUCGACAACCUGAAACUGGCCACAGAGCUGCCCGAUGCAGAACUACGGCGCACACUCUGGUCUCUGGUGGCGUUUCCUAAGCUGAAGAGACAGGUGCUGACCUAUGACCCCUCUGUCAGCACCCCCAAAGACUUCACAGACAGCACCAUCUUCUACGUCAACCAGGAGUUCUCGAUCAUCAAAAACUCCAAAGUCCAGAAGCGUGGAAAGAUCAAUCUGAUUGGCCGGCUGCAGCUGACCACUGAGCGAAUGAGAGAAGAGGAGAACGAGGGAAUCGUUCAGCUCAGAAUACUCAGGACUCAGGAGGCCAUCAUCCAAAUCAUGAAGAUGAGGAAGAGAAUCAGUAACGCCCAGCUGCAGACGGAGCUGGUGGAGAUCCUGAAGAACAUGUUCCUGCCUCAGAAGAAGAUGAUCAAGGAGCAGAUCGAGUGGCUCAUCGAACACAAGUACAUAAAGAGGGACGAGACGGACAUCAACACCUUCCUCUACAUGGCCUAGGAGCCAGGAACCAUGCGCUCUGUUCUUAUUUACCCCUGGCCUGUGAGCGGCGCUUUGAAACGCUAUUAGAGGAGAAGGAAACGAGGAUGUGUGUUGAAGGACGAGGAAGAGCAUUUUCAACAAAAGUGGGGAGAUUUCUGUGUUUGUGAGACGCCAGUGUGUUAUGGUGGUGAGAGUCUGUCCUGCUGCCCUCUAGUGUUAGUGAGAGGAGAGGGCCGCUGUCUGCCAGCAGCUGCCAUCAAACAGACAGACAGAAAUACUUCCUGCCUUACUUUGUCGGCCAUGGACUGCAGAGGAGGAGCUGGGAGGAGGACGAGCUGAUCAAUCUUUGCUUUCACCUAAUGCCACAGCUGCACCUCUCAGUGGCAGCCCUUCUGCAUCCCUCCUAUUCUACAUUUGUCUUAUUUUUUGGAAUAACAAUGCAAGAAAACUGGGAGUGAACGCUGAGAGCAUUGAGGAGGAGAGGACACGGAGACAGAGAUGAGUUCAAACUACAGAGGAGUAUUUUGCCAAACUGUGUGUGUGUGUGUGUGUGUGUGUGUGUGUGUGGUGUGUGUGUGUGUGUGUGUGUGUGUGUGU